AUGAUGACCACAGGUGACAUGCGUGGGCGGGGCCAGCCUCUGCCCCGCCCUCAUGACCCUCUAGACCGAGGUGACGAAGACCAGGACUGUGAGGACCGCCCUGAUGGUGGCGUGCUAGACCGAGGUGACGAAGACCAGGACUGUGAGGACCACCGACCUGAUAGUGGCGUGCUAGACCGAGGUGACGAAGACCAGGACUGUGAGGACCACCGACCUGAUAGUGGCGUGCUAGACCGAGGUGACGAAGACCAGGACUGUGAGGACCGCCCUGAUGGUGGCGUGCUAGACCGAGGUGAAGAAGACCAGGACUGUGAGGACCACCGACCUGAUAGUGGCAUGCUAGACCGAGGUGACGAAGACCAGGACUGUGAGGACCGCCCUGAAGACGAGAAGGCGUCUUCUGAGUGGUCCCGGCGGACGCGCUACACGGAGGCGUGCAAGCGCUUCAAGGUGGUCCCGGUCUCCUAUGUCGUGCAGCACUUGCAGGAAGACCGCUUGUCCUUGGCGCACCGUGGACUUGGACCUCAGGGCGCCAAAGCGCUGGCGGUCGCCCUGGCAACCAACACUUCAAUCCUCAGCCUCAACCUGCGAGAUAAUGGCUUGGAGGGAACGGGAGGAGCGGCCGUCGCCGACGUGCUGAAGGAGAAUUGUCACAUUACAGAGGUGGACAUGUCCGACAACCGUGUCGGGGACAUAGGCUGCCAGGCCGUGUCCUCCAUGCUGAAGGAGAACAACAGCCUGCUUCGUCUGGACCUGUCAGGCAAUCGUCUUGGCGACCAGGCUGCGGAUCACCUGAGCCCCGCCCUGCACCGCAACGCCACCCUGCAGCGUCUGGACCUGAGCCACAAUGCUCUGGGAGAGCGAGCAGGACUUACUCUGGGAGACGCUCUGUCGGAGAACACCGGCUUGCGAUGGUUGAGUCUGGCCUGGAACAGCAUCAGAGGAAGAGGAGCUGCCGUCUUGGCCAACGGGCUCGGGGGAAACUUCUUCCUAAGAAGUGUGGAUUUGUCUUAUAAUGGCUUUGGCAAGGAAGGAGCUCGGGCUUUAGGACAAGCUCUUAAAGACAACAACGUCCUGGAGGAGCUAAACGUCAGCAACAACAGAAUCCCCCCUGAAGGAGCCGUCUACCUCGCCUGCGGCCUCAAAGUCAACAAGACCCUCCGAUGCCUGAACCUGGGUCGGAACCCCAUCCAGAGUGUCGGCUGUUCCAGAAUCCUCAAGUCCAUCCAGGAGAACCCGGAUCCAGCUGUGGAGGAACUGAACUUUUACGACAUUGCGGUGAACCAGGAGUUUGAAGACCUGUUCAAGACUGUGAAGGACAUGCACCCAGCGCUCACGGUCCACCAUGGCGGCAAGAUCGGCAUGUUCGGGAACACGCAGGCUCCUGCCAACGCCGCUCAUCCGUCUGUGCGCACCUCGGGACACGCCCACGGGUGAGCACAUCCAGGGACGCGCCGCGCAGGUCCCCGCCCUGCAGCAGCCACCAGCUGCAUUCACUCACCGGCAAUCUACACUCCUGGGUCUGAUGAGGGCAGGCUCAAUAAAGGACCAGUGGACCCAAGGAUCGGCGCGGGAACUUAGCUUUCUCAUGGUGUACCUACCCUCCGUCGCCUGGAAAGUGAGAUGUGCGUCUCAUUUUCCCCCUGGAUCUCCCUCUGGACUCUGACUGCUUCCUUCGUUCCUCGACCUCUUGCUCGCCCCUGGAUUCCGACGCCUCUCUCUCACCCCGGAUAACCUGCCUGCCCCAUGGACUUCCUCGUAUCUCGUUCAACACGUUGGUAACACUCACUUCAGUUAACUACACACAUAGUCUUACACCACACACACUCUUGUAUUUUAGUCACACACUCCAUAUCUAUA